AUGACUCUGAGCAAUAAACGCACGAAGCAACGAAAGCACGAGGCCUUUUUUCGACUGAACAGCGAUACAUGUAUUCAAGUAGUACAGGACACAUCCAAAGUAGAUGGGAUGGGGGGUGAAGUGUGGGCCGGUGCUCUUAUUCUUUGCGAGUUCUUGACAAAACAUAACAAAAAUGUCGUGCAUGGACGCGAAGUGAUCGAGCUUGGCGCUGGCUGUGGGCUGUGUGGACUAGUGGCCGCUUCGUUGGGUGCCAAAUUGGUUGUUUUGACAGACGAAUACCCCGACCUGCUGGCAGAGAAUAUUUUAAGAAAUCGACAUAUCUGGGCUGAACGUGAGGCAAAUGCCUCCCCUAUCGCCUCUUGCCGUCGGCUGGAAUGGGGGGCAGCCAAUUCGUUCACGUCUUUUGAACAAAAAUUUGACACCAUGCUUGGUAGCGAAAUCACACAGUUAGGACGAAUCCUGCACGCACCUUUGCUUGAAGCGAUUCGUAUAGUGCUGCGUCCGGGACCAGAUUCGGUGGCAUUUUUGUCCAUGGAUAUGUGCCAAGCAUCUUGUGAAGGAACAUGCGAUGUGAGCAAAUGUACUGCUUCGCACUUCGUAGCCGUCGCAAAGCAGACAGGUUUUACUGUUUACAAACAUUCGUCAGUGCAUCUAGCCUCUCACAAGGCUGUGACUACAUUGGUAGGGGCUUUAGGCCGGCGACUCAAAGUCGACCAGGACGAUUGGAGUACAGUCUACGAGCUACGCUUCGGAGAUACGAUAUAA